AUGAAGAGGAAGAAGGUCGCGGUAUGUUCUUACUCUUCUGUGUUCCUGUUUGAUUACGAGGAGGCUUCGGCUAACAUAUCAUCUCUGCGUUUUUCCCUUAUUCAGAAACCGACCGUCCCUGCACCAGUCCUUAUCACCUCUACUCUCGAUACCGCGUCUGAUUCAGAAGGCUAUUACCAGAUCGUCCUUGGUGAGAUCUUGGAUGGAGGUCGGUAUCAAGUCUUUUCGUCCUUGGGCAAGGGUAUGUUUGCAAAUGUGGUGAGGGCGAGGGUGUUGCAGGAUGAUUUGCAGGGACAGGGAGGACAGACGGAUGGAGCGAGUGGGAGCGGAAGUGGGAAGGAGAGGGAGGUGGCGAUUAAGAUUAUUAGGAGUCAAGAGUCGAUGUAUAAAGCGGGGCUCAAAGAAGUCCAAAUGCUCAACAAGCUUAGACAGGCCGACCCGGAGGAUAAGAAACAUGUAGUCAAGCUCGAGCGAACAUUCGAGCACAGGGGGCAUCUCUGUCUUGUCUUCGAGUCUUUGAGCAUGAACCUGCGGGACGUCGUAAAACGGUUCGGAAAAGAUGUCGGACUCAAUAUUCGCGCGGUGCGGGCCUACGCUCACCAGCUUUUCUUGUCGAUGAGUCUUCUAAGGAAGUGCAACGUGAUGCACGCGGAUAUCAAGCCCGACAAUAUUCUGGUCAACGACUCGAAAACCCUGCUCAAGCUCUGCGAUCUUGGCUCCGCGUCCGACGCCUCCGAAAACGACAUUACACCCUACCUCGUCUCUCGCUUCUACCGCGCCCCCGAAAUCAUCCUUGGCAUCCCCUACGACCCCGCGCUCGACAUCUGGUCCAUCGGAUGCACGCUGUACGAGCUCUAUACGGGGAAGAUUCUGUUCCCAGGGAAGAGCAACAAUCAGAUGUUGUUGCUGAUGCAGGAGUGCAGGGGACGGUUCAAUGGGAAGAUGGUGAAGAGAGCGAGGUUCGGGGAUGUUUAUUUUGAUGAGAUGGGGGCGUUUUUGAGUGUUGAUGUUGAUAGGGUUACGGGGAAUGACGUCAUCAAGAAGGUUCACCUGGCUAAACCGACGCGCGAUCUUCGUGCGCGACUUAUGCCGAGCGGUGUGGCCGCACAGGCGAUGAAGGAUGAUGAGAGGAAGAUGGUGAGCUCCUUUGUGGACCUGUUGGAGAAAUGUCUCGUGCUAGAUCCGGCGAGGAGGAUCACGCCGAAGGAGGCACUGGGGCAUCAGUUCAUACGAGGCACCUAG